AUGAAAGGCUGCGGCAAGAGCACCCUGAUGAUGACCCUCUUCCGCAUGGUGGAGCCCUGCGGCGGCGCGAUCUACAUCGACGGCCUCGACAUGUCCAAGAUCGGCCUCACAGAUCUCAGAUCACGCCUCUCCCUCGUGCCCCAGGACCCCGUGAUAUUCAGCGGGUCCGUGCGGUCAAACCUCGACCCGUUCGGUCAGGCGCCGUCAGAUGUCGUGAUUUGGGAGGCGCUGAGGCAGGCGGGCAUCGACGAGCUCGUGCGGUCCCUCGGGUCCGGCCUGGACUCUUCCAUCCAGGAGGGGGGCAACAACCUGUCUGCCGGCCAGAGGCAGCUGCUCUGCAUGGCGCGCGCCCUGCUGCGCUCCAGCCGCAUCCUCGUGCUCGACGAGGCGACCUCCAACGUGGACUCUGCGAGUGAUGGCCUCAUCCAGCGCACCAUCCGUACCGCCUUUGCCGACUGCACCGUGCUCACCAUCGCGCACCGCCUGCACACCAUCGUCGACGCCGACAGAGUCAUGGUCCUGGAUCAGGGGGAGCUCCUCGAGUUUGACAGCCCCGCGCGGCUGAUGGGGCUGCCUGGCGGCAUCUUCAGGGGUCUCGUGGAGGAGGCCAGCAGGCAGCACGCGGCCCCCAGCGACAAGUCUGACGAGGCGUCAGCGUGA